AUGGGAUUGCAUUUGUUGUGUAGGAGUCGCGUUGGGUCGCCGACGAUGUCAGCGACUGUUGCCGGUAACCAGCAACAGCAACAUCCUCAUCAAGAGUGGGACAUCAACGACUCGAAUGUACCAAAGGUAGUAGAAUACGAUCCCUGGUGCGAAUGGGCUGAUGGUCACGUAAGAAGGGUCUAUGGACCUGAAUGUGAAGAAGCGAGAAGACACGCAUCUGGAUGGGCGAUGAGAAAUACGAACAAUCAUAACGUGAGCAUCUUGAAAAAAUCCUGCCUUGGUGUUUUGAUCUGUUCGCAAGAAUGCAUACUACCUGGCGGUGGAAGGGUUCACCUUCGACCGGCGAUUUGUGACAAGGCGAGAAAAAAGCAACAAGGAAAGCCAUGCCCGAACAGACAAUGCACAGGUCGGUUGGAGAUACUUUCGUGCCGUGGCCAUUGCGGUUAUCCAGUGACGCAUUUCUGGCGGCAUACCGAGCACGCGAUAUUUUUUCAAGCCAAAGGACAACACGAUCAUCCGCGACCGGAAGCGAAAUCUACGUCCGAAGCGAGGCGAAGCGUGGGUGCUGGCAGAAGGGUGCGCGGAUUGGCGGUUCUUCUGGCGAACGAGGCUGCUUUAGGGUCUAAAUUAAUGUCACUACGGGGUACGAAAAGACCAAACUCGGAAGCGAUCGAACCGCCAAGAACAACACAACCACCACCACUGAUACCGGAUAAAGGAUAUUCCUGUUCCUGUCCUCCAUUUGAAUGCAUGUGUGGUCUACAGACCAACGCCUCGGCUUAUCAACAGUCUCAUCAUCAUCAGACAACUAUGUAUCCUCAACAAACAGCCUCGAACGACACCCCCUACUGGCUCCAAGACACCGUGCCAACCCAAGAGAACGCUCUCGGCUACAAUCUUUCCAAUCAGAUACCCCAAGAAGCCACCUACCCCGACUUUCCUCCGUUUACCGGAGAACUGCUCCAACCAGAAGAGAUCUUCCAGCUGGAUCAGCCCCUAAGACCAGAAUUCAACAUGAAUUCUCAAGAAGUAGCCAGAUCACCACCCACUUUACUAGAUCUUGGAAGUGGUACCAUUAAAUACGAGUUGAAACAGCAUCAGGAUCAAGCUUAUUGGAAUCAGUUUCUCAGCGAAGAUUCCAGCAGUAGUCAUUUGAGCAUGCCUCAAGACGACAGACUUCAAUUUCCUGGUUUUGAGACAGAUAAAGACUCCAAUGGUUUCUGCGUCAAGAGACCCGUAAACCAUUUCAUCUCCAACAAGGAAAUGAGUCAGAGUCAUCACCUGAGCAAUCCAUUAAACUUUCAAGAUUACCAACGGCAGCAUAAUCACAAGAAUUUCGUGGAUGGAACGGUAAAGAACGAUCAAGAGAGCAAUUAUUGGACUCAAAACCACCAGGAUGACCGUCUCAACUUUCCUGGAUUCGAUCCUCAGAAAGAAGAGGAUUUGUUACCUUCUAGAAGAAAUCUGAACUGUUUUCCCAAAGAAAAUUGUCAACCAGGACUAAUGGACAGGGGGAAUUAUAACGUUUACCCAAAAAAGGAAAAUGGAAUGGUUGAUCCUGUUCGUCCUAGUCGCAGCCCCAUGGAGAAUAAACAUUACUCUUACGAUGGUUAUAAUCAUAUGUUCGAGCAGUCAGAUGCGAAGAAUCAAUUAACCAGUCGACCAAAUCAAAACGCGAAUCGAAUGGUCCUCGAUGAAAGACUGCAGAACAAUUACGGUCGUGAGACGAAUCCAGAUUCGACUGAAAGAUUGUUUCCGGAUUCAAAUGGUAUGGAGGCAGCUAUGCCAACGCAAAACAGUCCAGAACCUUUCUUUUAUCCCAGUAAUGAUCGUUGCCAUUACACUUGCGAGGUACUUGACACGCGGCUACCUCAAAUGACCAUGAAUCCCACAGUUACACAAUCGAGUAUAAAUAACUAUGGUGAUGUUAGUGAAUUGGAUUUACCUCCCUUCGUCGAUUACACGCUCGUAGGAAUGCUGUGCUCCACGGAAGAAGAUACGUCGAACUUAUUACCUGGCUGCCCCCAGAACUCACAGAGCUACGUUCCCCAUCAUUAGAUCCUCCCGACCACCAUCUUCAUUUGUAUUAUAAAUACGAAGUAUAUGAUAGUUACAGCUUGAACAUGCGAGUGUCGUGCAGUUUUGUUUUCCAUCCCUUGUCGAGUUCUUCAUCCUGUCGAUAUUAUAAGGUUGAUUUUGCGAUUCUGAGAGAUCAAACUCGACAAAAACAUUGUAACUCUAACGAGACAAAGAUCUUCUUACGUUGAACUAGAAUUUCGAAUUGUUAUUUAACUGAAGGAAAUAAAGAAAUUUUUGUUAA